AAUGAUCAUGACGCGGAUACCGCGAAGCCACUGCCUGCAUCUUCUGAAAAGACUGGAAUUGACGAAGAGGAGUUGGAUUUCCUAAUGCGUUUCGACCGGAACAAUUUCGCAGUGAUUGGCGAUCAAUUUUCGAACCCAAUCGCGACUGCAGUCUUUCCCUUCGUGGCCAUGCUAAACCACAGUUGUGAGCCCAAUGUGGUGUUGAAAUACGACUUGGUGGAAGAUGCAAGAGACGAUGUGGAACGAAGAGAAGAAGGACAAGACCAAGAAGAUGAUGUGAAUCCCUCAAAAAAAGCUAAGACGAAAGUCUCUACAAAAACCAAUAUUCCUUCGCGUCCACGUCGCGCACGUGUGUUAUGUACGCUGGUCGCUAUUCGAGAUAUCGAGGUUGGAGAUGAAAUUUGUCAUAGCUAUGUGGAUAUAGGACAAGAUGCUGGGAAUAGACGGAUGGUGCUCAGCGAACGCUACGGCUUUGACUGCGAUUGUGCGCGAUGUCAGAGGGAUAGGGAGGAUAAGCAACAAAAGCCGCCCAGAAAUAAAGAAACGGAUAGGUGGAAAGGAAACGGUAGUUCAUCUUUUCCGGUUCGGCUGGACCAACCUAGCGGUGUCGGCAGCGGUCAUGCCAAUGGUGCUAUCGUCCCGUCGCGCUCCCCAUCCUCUCCGGGCCUCGUGUCGGGAUCUACUUUGCCUUGUUCAGAUGGCUGUCUUUCUUUAAGGUACCCCUCUAUUGAGGCAUUGGUCGAUUCAGCGGGGCGCAUCGCUAAGAAUGGCAACGCCUUUCUUGUCUUACAGGAGUUGCAUGAGAGACUGGAAGCUGAGGGGAUGGAGGAUCAGAUCGAAGCUUGCAAUGGCGAAGAAAAGAAAAUUGCUGAAGUGAUAGAAAUGUUUUUGAGGAAGUGGAAGAGUGAACUAGCUUCUCCUUCCCUUUCCUCGUCUUCCAAUGUUGAUCCGACCUCGCCGUGGGAGUUUUUGGAAUCUAUGGAACAAGGUGGCACAACUACUGCCACAAGGACAUCAGGCUCAGAGGAGGACUCUUCUGGCCAUUCGGUGUAUGAUAUGAUGAGGGCCCUGCUUUCGACCACGACUGGAGAUCAUGUGGAAGAGGGUUCGUGUGUGGAUGAAAGCUCCUUAGAAGACACUCUCGUAUCCGUUCUACCCUCAAAGAUGUGCGUAUCUCUGCUGACUGACGAAGCAAAAAACCUGGCAGAAGGGACUACUUUUCGGGAGUUCUUCAUAGCUUUCGCCGCACGAGGGGUGUUGUCCACGCCACAGUCGGCAUUGGAAUUUUUUCUGAAGUCCUUUGUCGCUGUUAGUGGAGACGGAGGAGAUCAUCAUGUUCGUGCACUAAACAUGAACCUCUCUACUACUUCUCCGAAGAUAAUAUACAACCAUUCUGGUCUCCAGAUGUGUAUCUCCCGCGAACUGGAUUCUCUCAUUGACAUCGUCUCUGGUUGUACUGGUUCAGGCGCAUCAAGCGCGGUUAUUGAGAGACAAAGGACAGCUAUUGCACAUUCACUGGCCAUCGAGCACUGCCGCUACCUGGUCGACCAAUAUGUUCAGAAAUACCCUGCUUUUCACCCCAUUUUGGCUCUGCAGAGAUGGUCCUUGGCUGACUUGUGUCUGCAAAGCAGCGAAGUGAGAAACGUGCGUGAAGGCAGUGGACUCUACGCUGAGGUGGAAAAGGUGCUACGCUACUUCGUGUCCCAAAAGAUGCGUUCGCUGUUACUAGAACGGUUGCGGAGGUGCGGCCCGGGAGGAAGGGGUGGGGGCUGAUUCCUAGUGAGCAGGACUGACUCAUACUAAUGAGUUGCAAGAUGAAAAAUUGACUGAGCAGUGUAAGAAGUACGAAUUGCCCUUUUUUCUACUUCUACGCCGUCUUAUUGUUUCACCACCUGUUCAAGAGAUUCUUCACGACGCUUUUUGGCUCUGCCGAUCCUCAAAUUACACGUAGCAAAGUCUACGACGACGCGAAAAGCCCAUGCCAUCUUUAGAU